AUGGCUGAGGCUGAGAGAGUACCGGCGAAGAGCGGGGAGGUCGUCUACUAUAUGCCUCACCAGGCGGUACUGAGAGAGACGAGUAGCACUACCAAAUUGAGAGUGGUGUUCGACUGCUGGUCAAGUAAUGGAAGCACGAAGUCCCUCAACGACUGUUUGGAAGUCGGGCCUAAUUUAAACCCGGAUGUAGUGGAGCUAAUGAUCAACGUCCGAAUCAAUAAGGUGGCUUUAGUAGCGGAUGUGGAGAAAGCCUUUCUACAAAUACAAGUGAAAGAGGACGAUAGGGAUGCUCUUCGCUAUCUCUGGUAUGAAGGAAAGCCACAAAAGGAAGCCCGCUACCGAAAAUAG